ACCAGUAAUACACCAAUCUUGUAUUCAUUUGCCAGUUGAACUUGGAAUUUGAUCUUAUAAAUGACACAACGAAAACAACUAAUAAUCUUGGUACUUCAUCAUGGCGCCUACUCUAUACAUGGUGUACCCGAGCCCUCCAGUUCGCGCCGUGUUAAUGACAGCUAAAGCCAUCGGCUUGGACUUGAAUUUAAAAGAAGUGGGACUUCUGUCAAACGAUCACCUCAAAUCCGACUACCUGAAGCUCAACCCCCAACACACGGUACCAACCCUCGUUGACGACAACGGCUUCACAAUAUGGGACAGCCACGCCACAAUGACCUACCUAGUAACAAAAUACGCCAAAGACGACUCUUUAUACCCCAAAGAUCCAGAAAAACGCGCCCUGGUGGACCAACGCCUCCAUUUCGAGUCUGGAAUUGUCUUUGCUAGGUUACUACGAAUCACGAAACCGCUUCUGGUCCAAAGAAAGGGUACUAUUGACAAGAGAGAUCUAGAUGACAUGAUUGAAGCCUAUACGUUUUUGGAGAGGUUUCUACAAGGGAAGAAAUGGGCAACUGGUGACUUUGUCACCCUCGCUGAUUAUAGUUUAGGGGCUUCUAUUAGCAGUAUUGGGGUUUUAGUACCCAUUGACCCGAAUAAGUUUCCAAACGUGACGGCGUGGUUGAAACGGUUGGAGAAUCUUCCAGAAUACGAGGCCAACAGAGAUGGGUUGGCACUAUUUUCGCUUAUAUUUAAAAAGAGGCUGUCAAAAUUGUAGUACCAAGACUGAAUUUUUAAAAUUAUAAAUAACGAUACAAUGAAAGUAGCAUCAAUUUGAAUAAAUAAGUAAUGUAAA